AUGUCGUCGUCCCUCCGGCAGUCUUCGCGGCGCAUCGCCCGGAUCGCUGCCGUCUCUGCCGCGGCCGGCACUCUGGCCGUGGGGACCUAUGUUCUCACGCGCUCAUCGGCGCCCAAAUGGCCUCGCGCAGAGCUUCCGCGCAAUGCUGACGGCGAGAUCAUUGCGCCCAAGGCCUUCCCCACCAUCCCAUCACGAGCCAAGCAGCUCGAGGCUCUAAAAGCCAACCAAGGCAGCGCCGAUAAGCCGGUCUACGACCUCGUCGUCAUCGGCGGUGGAGCCACUGGCACCGGCAUUGCUCUCGAUGCCGCCACUCGCGGUCUCAAGGUAGCCCUGGUCGAACGCGGCGACUUUGCUUCCGGCACCAGCAGCAAGAGCACCAAGCUCGUCCACGGCGGCGUGCGCUACCUCGAAAAGGCGUUCUGGAACCUCGACUACGCCCAGUUCGAGCUCGUCUGCGAGGCGCUGCACGAGCGCAAGAACUUCCUCAACUCUGCCCCCCAUCUCUCCGGCUCCGUCCCCAUUCUGAUCCCGCUCUAUUCCUGGUGGCGGGCACCCUACUUCUGGGCCGGUUGCAAGGCCUACGAUGUGCUUGCUGGUAGCGAGGGUCUCGAGAGCUCCUACAUCCUCAGCCGCAAGAAGGCCUGCGAGGCUUUCCCGCUGCUGCGCAAAGACGGCCUCUUUGGCGGGCUUGUCUUUUACGACGGCCAGCAGAACGACUCGCGCAUGAACGUGUCCAUCGCCCUGACUGCUGCUCUCUACGGCGCCACCGUCGCCAACUACGUCGAGGUCACCCGGCUCGCGAAGGAGGCCGGCAAGGUUACCGGCGUGCGCGUGCGCGAUGCUCUUGCCGGCAGCAAUGCCGAAGAGCAGACCAUCUACGCCAAGGGUGUUAUCAAUGCCACUGGCGCCUUUGCCGACGCGGUCGAGAAGAUGGACGAUCUCACCAAGGCCGACAUCGUCUGUCCCAGCUCCGGCGUCCAUCUCUCGCUGCCCGGUUCGUUGAGCCCCAACAACAUGGGCCUGCUCGAUGCCAACACCUCUGACGGUCGGGUCAUCUACUUCCUCCCGUGGCAGGGCAAGAUGAUUGCCGGCACUACCGACACGCCCUGCCGCGCCGAGAAGGACCCUGUGGCCGACGAGAAGGACAUUGACUUUAUCAUCACCGAGGUGCGCAAGUACCUGGUGUCCGAUGCUCCAGUCACCCGUGAGGCCGUGUCUGCAGCGUGGUCUGCCGGGCCGGCCGCGGUCGACAUCAGCGGCCUGGGUCUGCCCUCGGACGUUGCCGAUGCCAACGGCUCCUGCGCGACGAACUACCUGCGCAUGGUCGGCGCUCACGGCUACAGCACCGAUCUGCCAGCCCAGCUGGCCAGCUACUACCAGAUCGACGGCGAGACCGCCACCGCUCUGGCUUCCAACUACGGCGACCGUGCCUGGCAAGUUAUGGGCCCCGAGAAGACGGUCCGCCACGCGAAGCUGUCCGACGCCUUUGCCGUGCUCGAGCGCGAGGUCCAGUACGCUGUGCAGAACGAGUACGCCCAGACGGCUGCCGACUUCCUCGGUCGCCGCACCCGCAUGUCCUUCCUCGACGCCGAGGCCGCCUUGCGCGCUCUUCCGCGCGUCAUCGACCUGAUGGCCGACGAGCUCCAGUGGGACCGCGCCCGCAAGGCCCAGGAGUGGCGCGACACCGUCCACUACCUCGUCUCCAUGGGUCUGCCCCAGGAUGUCGCCGCCGUCAGUCGCCAGGACGUCGUCGACGGCAAGUACAAGGCUGCCCUCCAGCUGGCCGCCCGGAGAGCCGCCGCUGCCGGCGAGGACGCCUCUGCCCGCAAGCCGGGCUUUGCCGGCGUCGAGACUACGCCCGUUUCAGCAUGA